AUGUCACGAAGAGGGCAAAAUAAAAAUACGACGAAGACAACUUUAAAUGGAAACAAUGAAGGUAAAGAUGAAUAUAACAACGAGUCUCCCCUUAGUGGAGAACUGAGUCUGCUAGAAACAUUAGAUCGUGAAGAAACGAAAAAUCGUUUAAAAAUCAACAUUAAUGAACCAGUAAAACGUCCAGCACUAGAAAUGGAUCCAAAUGAUUCAGGAAUUGGAGGUAUAUCAGAGUUUAGUUGUGAUCUUUCAAAGCUUUUAGAAUGUUUUGGAGCAGAUAUUAACAAAAGUAUUAUUGCCAAACGCCGAAGACUUGAACAGUAUACACAGGAGUCGAUGAAAGCGACUGGUAAAAAAGUCAUUGAAACAACAAAAACACAAGCUGAAGAAAGAAAGAAAUUAGUAGAAGAAUUCCGCAAACAGCUGAGCAACAUUAUUCAGCAAAGAGAAACGGAUUUGAAUAAAGCCAAGGAGGUAGAAGAACGGUUACAAAAGUUGAUUCAACAACAGCAGAAACAUCAGCAACAGAUGCGGAUAUCUCAUUGUCAGCGACUGAAAACCUUGAAACAGCUGGGGGAGCAAUUUUUCCAGGGUAUAGAGGAACUGGAGAACAAACACGUGAGCCAAUAUUCUUCUGUCCAGGCAGAAAUGCGGAAAGAGAUGGCACUUCUCCAGAAGAGGAUUUUAAUGGACACUCAACAGCAAGAGAUGAUGAAUGUCAAGAAGAGCUUGCAAAGCAUGCUCAUGUAG